AACACGCACACACAAUCAUACACACACAUACACACACACACACACACACACACACACACACACACACACACACAGGCAGACAGGCUGAGGGCCAGCAGCUCUAUCAAGUAGUAUCCAUGCGUAUCAGAUUAGUGAUCACAGCUUUGUCUUGGACAGCGUAGAACAGACUCACACGCUGAUGGAUUCUGGACCUCCGCUCUCUCUGUCACUCUUCAUAAGGGUGUUUAUGAUUUCCGCCACAGCAUCUGCCGUCAACCUUGAAGGGGAACUUUUCAAGGACUUGAUGAAGGGCUACAACAAGAACGUUCGACCCAUGGAGAAGAGCGGGGACAUCACUCAGGUCUACAUCAAGAUGACACUCACCAACCUCAUCUCCCUGAAUGAAAAGGAGGAGGCUCUGAUGACCAGUGUCUGGAUAGAAAUGCAAUGGUGUGACUACAGGCUCAGAUGGGACCAGCCACCCAGGUCAGCUCUGUAUGGGAACAUCACCUCUGAGCUACGAGUCCCCUCCAAGAGCAUUUGGCUGCCAGAUGUCAUCCUGGAGAACAAUGUGGAUGGACAGUUCGAGGUGGCACUUUACUGCAAUGCACUGGUGUCUCCUAACGGCUGUGUGUACUGGCUGCCACCUGCCAUCUACCGCAGUGCUUGCGCCAUCACCGUCAACUACUUUCCCUUUGACUGGCAGAACUGCACCAUGGUCUUCCGGUCUCAGACUUACAGCGCCAACGAGAUUGAACUGGUUCUCAAAGAGGAGGACAACCACACACUGGAGUGGGUGGAUAUUGAUCCAGAAGCUUUCACAGAGAAUGGUGAGUGGGUCAUCAGACACAGGCCGGCGAAGAAGGUGAUCAACACAGAGCACACUAAGGACGAGCUGGAGUAUCAGGAGGUGGUCUUCUUCCUCAUCAUCCAGCGAAAACCCCUCUUCUACAUCAUCAACAUCAUUGCUCCGUGUGUGCUCUUCUCCUCCCUCUGCCUGCUUGUCUACUACUUACCUGCCAAAGCUGGUGGUCAGAAGUGCACAAUGUCUAUUGCAACUCUUCUGGGCCAGACCGUGUUCCUCUUCCUUAUUGCUAAGAAGGUUCCAGAGACUUCAAACGCAGUGCCUCUUAUUGGAAAGUAUCUGAUGUUUGUGAUGUCAGUGACCACCAUGGUUGUGAUGAACUGUGUGAUCGUCCUCAACGUGUCCCUGAGAACCCCAAACACUCACAUAAUGACAGACAAGGUCCGAAAGAUCCUCCUCAACAUCCUGCCUCGCCUGCUGAGGAUGCAGAUGCAACCAUGGACGCCAAACCAUGGCAGCGGCUCAGAAACUGGAAAUGGUGGAACUCUGACCACAGACCGGAACAAUGUGUUCCUGGUUCCCUGUCGACGUCGCAGCUCCAUGACCCUCAUCACUAAGGCGGAGGAAUAUGUGAUGAAAACGGCUCGGUCUGAACUCAUGUUUGCCAGACUCAAAGAGAGAAAUGGAUUGAUGAAAUCAGUAUUAGAGAAGCUACAUGAUGGGCUGGAGGGGGGCACAGCUGAGCAGCUUGGUGCCAGUCUGGUGAGAGCCUCUCCAGAGCUGAAGCAGUGUGUGGCGUCCUGCAAACACAUAGCUGAGACUGCACGACAACAGAGCAACUUCCAGAAUGAAAAUGAAGAGUGGUUCUUGGUUGCCCGGGUGAUCGACAGGGUUUGCUUUAUUGUCAUGACGAUGGUGUUUUUUAUCGGCACCAUUGGGAUCUUCCUGAUGGGCCACUUCAACCAGCCCCCCUCCUCACCUUUCCCUGGCGAUCCAAAGAAGUACCUCCCUCCACUGAACAAUCUCACCGAUAUAACUGAGAAUGGGGUGGUGGCAGACUUUCUGGGCUGAACCAGGAGGAAAGAAAUCAAAGAUUCCAUCACUGCAACUAAAGUGAAAAUCUGAUGGCACCUGCCAGUGAUUUUUCACUUAUGACUGGGACACAAAGAGAAUGGAGAAGAUACAACUGUAUGUAUUUUCUGCUCUGGUGUCAGUUGCUGAUGUGGGUGUGUGGACUAUCGAAGAAGUUAAAUUGAACAUGCUUGUUCAUGGUGACAAAGGAUCCACAGCACAUACUGUUUGUGGAUGCCAUGCUUGAUUCAUCAUGAUUCAUAUGGUGUCAGAUGUAAGUUUUUGUUAAGUUGAAAAAUGUGGAAUUCAAGUCUAUGAGACAUGAGACAUUGUGUUGAUCAAACAUGUAAACAGUCAACAGCUGAGGCGAUUUACAGCCAUAUUUUCCUUAUAAAUGCUUUUAUCAAUAAAAAGUACAACUUGGGAUCACACAA